AUAAUGCCAGGGUUUCACUGCCUGUUGGGAUAACCUCACUGUCUUAUCAUGUGAAUCAACAGCCUUCAGGAAACGCAGAUUCCACCAGCAAACACAUGUAAACAUCUUCCCCAGUGGUUUAUCAAUUUCCUGGUGGUUGAUUCCUAUCCAUUUUUUAUUCAUUGGAGAGGUGUAUAUUGGAUUAUAAAAUCUCCAUGUACGACAAUUUGUAUCUGCAUGGAUUUGAAGACUCAGAGGCGGGCUCAGCGGACUCCUACACCAGCCGGCCGUCGGACUCGGACGUGUCCGUGGAGGAGGAGCAGGAGGGGAGCCGGCAGGACGCACAGCGGCAGGCUGCCCUGCAGCUGGAGAGGGCCAAGACAAAAGCAGUUGCAUUUGCGGUGAAGACCAAUGUCUAUUACUGUGGUGCCCUUGAUGUGGAUGUCCCUGUGCCAGGAACGGCAAUCUCCUUUGAUGCCAAGGACUUCCUGCACAUUAAAGAGAAGUACAGUAAUGAUUGGUGGAUUGGGAGGUUGGUGAAAGAAGGCAGUGAGAUUGGCUUCAUCCCCAGUCCUCUAAAACUGGAGAACAUAUGUAUCCUGAGAGAGCAGAAACAGGGCCGUCUUCAUGGCAAUAAGUCCAGUGGGAACUCCUCCUCCAGUCUGGGAGAGAUGGUUUCCAGCAAUGUCCGACCCAACCCCUCUUCCACAGGGAAACAGAAACAGAAAGUGGCCGAACUGAUCCCUCCCUACGACGUCGUCCCCACUAUGAGGCCUGUGGUUCUGGUCGGACCCUCUCUGAAGGGAUAUGAGGUGACAGACAUGAUGCAGAAAGCGCUUUUUGACUUCCUUAAGCACAGAUUUGAUGGCAGAAUAUCUAUAACCAGAGUCACUGCAGACAUAUCCCUAGCCAAGCGGUCAGUCCUGAACAACCCUAGCAAGAGGGCCAUCAUCGAACGGUCCAACACCAGGACCAGCAUAGCUGAAGUUCAGAGUGAAGUGGAAAGGAUUUUUGAGCUGGGCAGGUCCUUGCAGCUGGUCGUGUUGGAUGCUGACACCAUUAACCAUCCAGCCCAGUUAAUGAAGACGUCCUUAGCCCCCAUCCUGGUCCAUGUCAAAGUGUCCUCUCCAAAGGUCCUACAGCGCCUCAUUAAGUCCCGAGGGAAGUCCCAGAGCAAAUACCUGAAUGUGCAGCUGGUGGCAGCGGACAAGCUGGCACAGUGCCCACCGGACAUGUUUGACAUCAUCCUGGAUGAGAACCAGCUGGAGGACGCUUGUGAGCACCUGGCUGAGUAUAUGGAGGCGUACUGGCGCGCCACCCACACCUCCACCUGCACCCCCCUCAACCCGCUGCUGGGGCGCAACCUGGCCCCCACUGUGCUCACCCCCUACCCCGCUGCCCUGUCCGGGUUACAGGGCCAAAGAAUCAGAAGCAGCAAUCACACAGGAGGCCACUCCCCCAUCAAGCGUCGCAGCCUGAUGACGUCAAACGAGAACUACCAAUGAGAGAGCUCGCAACAGCCACACCCACAAAUCUCUGGCUCAUAAAAGGAUGAGUAGGUGCCAACCACACAGCUAUGACAAAGCCCACCCUGGCCCCUCCCGCAGGGACCACCUGUUUCUCUGGCUCUACCUGGCCCCUGCUAAAGCCAAGGAAAUGUUCCCUUCCCUGACUCCACCCAGCAGGGUAGCUCAUAGUAUUCUAUUCGCCUCUCGCUUUGAUGUGGGAUUCCUUAGGAAAACUGGAAAUUGGGAACUCAAAAUCAGUUAAAAAUUUACGAAAAGGAAAUGUCCGAUUUCAUUUUGGGGCACUGACCCAGUUUGGUAGUUUAGAGGGGGGCAGUUUGGCCCAAUGUGGUGAGGCAGAGAGGGGCAGUUUGGCCCGAGAUGGUGCUGUCUCUGACCCUCAGUGUCUUACAGGUGGGUCCUGCUCUGUAUCUUCACAGGGACUGCAGAUGAAAAGGAACAUUUCAGAUAACUCUGGUACGAUAUACUGGGUGCAUUAACAUCUAUGAUAUACACUGUCCAUGUCUAACUGUCAAAUAAAUAAAGAGAGAACUAAAUAAAUGUGCCAGCAGGACUGCCAACAUUCAUAAAUGGACCACAGUGCUUCUCCUGCACAUUUUCUAUAGCUGAGAGAUGUCUUUUUUCCCCUGGAUUUCAGGGGAGUCCACCACUUUAGUUAUACAUGUAUGGGUGCAGACAGAGCUCACACCAUCCAUGCCAGGACAAUGAAGUAGUCCUUUGCCUGCUCGGUAAUACUGUUAUGCAGAUGGACAGAUGUCUGUCUGGGAAGUAAUGCUAGUUCCUGAUUGGAUGGGAAUGGUUCGUGUGUAUCCAAGAAGUACAAAAUCUAGUAAAAUGUUGUCCAUAGGGACAUACACCAACUCUAAUUUUAUGAUUCUGUGCUUUUCAGCAGCUCACAUCUUUAUCCAGGUUAUCCAAGUGGUUCAAGACCAUUUUUAAAAAUGUAUAUUUGCAUAUUACCAUUCUAGUGUGUUUCAUAGUACUUCCAAACAUGUUGGUGAAUAUGUUUCCCCAAGUAUGUGAACAAAAGUCUUUGAAUCUGAAGAGAUUAAGGCUUGAAAGUCGGCACACACCAUAGCAGGUCCUCUUGAAUAUACUGUAAGGUGAUUGGCAUUUUGUUUAUUCUUGUAAUGCAGUUUACCAACAUUUAUGGUGCUGUUCAUAUUAUUGCACUGUAGAAAUAUAAGAAAGUGUGAGGUAACAUGGUCAUGUGCAGUGUUUUAAAGGUAACCAAGAAGAAGUGGAUGGUUAACUAUACAAGGCCUUGUGACCCUGUUUGGCAGUCCUGGUGUACCAAACUGAAUUUUAAAUCAUUUGCCUUGACUUAGCUGUUGACUUGCUUAGCUGUUGGCUUUGUUUCUUCCCUUAACACAGUUUACCCAAAGUUACCACAGUAUUCUUUAAAGGCAUGCUGCUAAAUGAAGAAGGAAGAACAAAUAAAAAUGUUAUUUACUAUGCAAA